GACAGUAUUUCUUCACCGUCGGUUUCCAAAUACGCUUGGAUUGACUUUGAGGGACAGGGUGAAUUCUCAAGGAACAAGAUGUCAGAUGCAGGGAGUAGCACAGAUGGGAAAACAGAGAUGCCCAACGGGAGUUUGUCCAGCAGCCCAGAAGACAUGUCUGGAGCCACGGAGGGGCGGGAGGCCUCUUCCGGCGUGGAAGUGGAAGCCUCCGACCUCAGCCUGAGCCUCACGGGCGACGAGGGGGGGCCCAACCGGGCCUACCCGGAGAGCUCCGCAGAGGAGAAGGACUCGGACAGCAUGGACGACACGGGGCACUACUCCAUCACCGAGGAGAGCCGGACCUACGAUCGCUCUCACUCGGAGGAGGAGGAGGAGGAAGAGGAGGAGGACCUGGAGGUGGAGGUGCAGCACUCUCACCGGCGGGCGCAGCGCAAGCGCCCAAACUGGGACCGGGACUCCUCGGACGACGAGCGCGCCCUGGAGGACUGGAUGGCUUCGGAGACGACGGCCCUGUCGCGGCCUCACUGGCAAGCGCUCCGGGCCCUGCGGGGGAGGGAACUGGGCGCCAGCCCCCGCUUCAUCUACGACGCCUGUGGGGCCCGGGUCUUUGUGCAGCGCUUCCGCCUCCAGUACGGCCUGGAGCGCCACGUCGGAUGCGUCAACACCUUGCACUUUAACCAGCGCGGGACGUGGCUGGCCAGCGGCAGCGACGACCUCAAGGUGGUGGUGUGGGACUGGGUCUGGAGGAAGCCCGUGCUGGAGUUCGAGAGCGGCCACAAAAGCAACGUGUUCCAGGCCAAGUUCCUCCCCAACAGCGGUGACUCCACCAUCGCCAUGUGCGCCCGUGAUGGCCAGGUGCGAGUAGCGGAGCUUUCGGCCACCCAGUGCUGCAAGAACACCAAGAAGGUGGCCCAGCACAAGGGCGCUUCGCACAAACUGGCCCUCGAGCCGAAUUCUCCGUGCACUUUCCUGUCGGCCGGCGAAGAUGCCGUCGUCUUCACCAUUGACCUGCGACAAGACCGGCCUGCUUCGAAACUGGUGGUGACGAAAGAGAAGGAGAAGAAAGUGGGCCUGUACACCAUCUACGUGAACCCCUCCAACACGCACCAGUUUGCAGUGGGGGGCAGAGAUGAAUGUGUCCGGAUCUACGAUCAGCGGAAGAUAGACGAGAACGAGAGCAACGGGGUGUUGAAGAAGUUCUGCCCGCCCCACCUGGUCAACAGCGAGUCGAAGGCCAACAUCACCUGCCUGGUGUACAGCCACGACGGGUCGGAACUCCUGGCCAGCUACAACGAUGAGGACAUCUAUCUCUUCAACGCGUCCCACAGUGACGGAGCGGAAUACAUCAAGAGAUACAAGGGGCAUCGGAAUAGCGCCACAGUGAAAGGCGUCAACUUCUACGGCCCCAAGAGCGAGUUCGUGGUGAGCGGCAGCGACUGCGGCCACGUCUUCCUGUGGGAGAAGGCCUCCUGCCAGGUGGUGCAGUUCAUGGAAGGCGACAAGGGGGGCGUGGUCAACUGCCUGGAGCCCCACCCACACCUUCCUGUGCUGGCCACCAGCGGCCUGGAUCACGACGUCAAGAUCUGGGCCCCCACGGAAAAGGCCCCCACUCAGCUGACCGGCUUGAAGGAGCGCCGAAGAGACCCUGGCGUGGGGGCAGCGGACAGCGACUCGGAGGACUCCCUCAGCUCCUCGGACACGUCGGACGACGACGAGGAGGGUCCAGACCGAGUGCAGUGCAUGCCUUCCUGAGGCCUCCGCGGAUAUGGGGCGCGGGGCGGAAAUGACAGGGCGGACACUGAAAACAAAGGCCCCCCCUCCUGCUUUUAACGCACCACCUUUUUUUUUUUUGCUUUU